GCUGUACAUAUAUAUAUAUCAGGUCAACGGCAAUACCACGGCCGUCUUUAGUAGAAGGCCGGAACAUAGCAAAGCAUCUCUUUAAAGCUAAGAAAUAGUACCUUUCUAUAGAAUGGAACCAUGUGCGAUGAACGGCAAGGAAACGGGCGGAAGAAAUUCCGCAAAUUCUGCAUUCUGGAACCUGAGUUUCACUUUUUCUCACCGGACGCGCUGUGAUCGAAAUUUCGCAAAUCUUACAUCACUGCCUUCAGGUCCAUUGAAACAGCACAGCAGCGCUGUUUGAAGAAUUCUAGAUUCUACCAGAUUCUACACGUUCGUUUUACGAUUACUACGAGUUGGCGCGAGGUUGCAAGUGGUACCUGAUAGUUGUAAUACACUGUAUAAAGCUUCGUGCACAUAAUAUAUAUAUAUAUAUGUACAUCAUUAUUUUAUACAAUUUAAUUGUUAAUAUACUGGUUUGAAAGUUAAAUAAAUACACACAUAAAAUGUUUUGGGGUUUAAUACUUGAACCAAAUAAGCGCUACUCGCAAACUGUCGAGAAAGCAUUCCACGUGUCAAUGGCCAGUUUAAAUCUUACAACAGCCGAUGAUAGUGUCGUUCAAGUAAUAUUGUAUUAUGAAGAUACCCGUUAUUUAUUAUGUAAUUUAAAAAAAAGUUCAACGUGGCAAGUACCACUUGACUUAAAUUUUCAAGAAGGAACUACAAUUGCCUUUGUAUGUCAUGGCCAUGGUCAAGUACAUCUAACUGGUUACUUGAUACAUAGUGAGGAUUCUGAUGAAUUAGAAGAAGAAGAAGAGGAUGAGGAGGAGGAGGAAGAGGAAGAAGCACCUAAAUUAGUUGAGAAACAGUCAAAGAGAAAACCUAAAGAUACCUUAAAAAAUGAAAAUAAAGCUAAGCGCUUGAAACAAGAAAUUGAAGUAGAAUCUUCAGAUGAAGAUAUAGAACUGGAUGGUAUCAAUGAAGAAAAUGAUUCUGAUGAAUCAGAGGAAGAGGAUGAAGAAUCAUUGAACGAGGAAGAGGAUGAAGACAAUGAAGAAGAUGAAGAAGUAAAGUUUGAACAAAAACAACAAAAGAAGAAAGAAGAUAAAAAAUUAGUUAACGGUAAAGAAGUAAAACAAAAGAAAAACAAAGGAGAUGUCCAAGUACAACAGAAUGCCCAAAGUGAACAGAGAAAGAAAGUAGUCGAAGGCGGAGUGCAAAUAGAAGAAUUAAAAAUAGGUAGUGGGCCUCUUGCAAAGAGCGGAAAAUUUAUUUCAGUCUAUUAUGUGGGACGAUUGAAAAAUGGUAAAAAAUUUGAUGCAACUACACAAGGAGAAGGUUUCAAAUUUCGGCUUGGAAAAGGCGAAGUAAUCAAGGGAUGGGAUGUUGGUAUCAUUGGAAUGAAGGUUGGAGGCAAGCGACGUAUUACAAUACCUUCUGCCAUGGCAUAUGGAGCGAAAGGUUCGCCACCAGUUAUUCCCGGCAACAGUACAUUAAUUUUUGAAGUGGAACUCAGGAACAUACAUUAAUUUUUGAAGUGGAACUCAAGAAUGUACAUUAAAUAUUUUAUUGACUUUUUAAAUAUUUGUUAAGUGAUAAUGUAUCGAAAACUAAUAAACAUGAUAUCCUUCUUUAUUACA